AUGCCCUUCCACACCGGCAUGCUCCCCCGCGAGGGGUUCAAAGGCGAUGCUUUGAUCUCCCUGAUCAAGAACACAGCCUUCAACCCCAAGAUCCUGCUGCCACUGUUCCUGCUGGCAAAAUACACCAAGCAAGGCCAGGAUCUCACCAUCUUGCACCCGACCGCAUUUGCCAGAGUCAGAAAGCUGCUCAUCUUGAGCCUGCUAGGUUGGGGAAACAGCUGGUUGACGAGAAAGGUGAACAACAGCUGGGUAGACGACAAGUACGACUGGACUGGCAAAGAAAUCGUCGUCGUAACCGGCGGCUCCGGCGGCAUAGGCGGCCUAAUCGUCCAACUCCUGGCCGAACGCUCCAUCAAAACCGUCGUCCUCGACAUCCAACCCCUCACCUUCCACCCCGGCCCCACGGUAACCUACUUCAAAUGCGACCUCACCUCCCCCUCCUCCAUCGCCCACGUCGCCUCCCUUAUCCGCGCCCAGGUCGGCAACCCCACCGUUCUCAUCAACAACGCCGGCGUCGUCCAAAACAAGUCCAUCCUCGCCUCCACCCCGCGCGACGUGCAAUUCACCUUUGACGUGAACCACUUCUCCCACUACUCCACCGUCCGCGAGUUUUUGCCUUACAUGAUCGAGAAGAACCACGGGAUGGUAGUGACGGUGGCGAGUUUUGCUGCUUGGGUGAGCGUGCCGAAUAUGGUUGACUAUGCAGCCUCAAAAGCGGCGGCGCAGAGUUUCCAUGAGGGGUUGACGGCUGAGAUUAAGACUACUUACGGGGCGGAGAGGGUUAGGACUGUGGUUGUUAAUCAGGGGUAUACCAAGACUGCGCUGUUUGAGGGGUAUCAUAAUGAUAGUCCGUUUUUGCUGCCGGCGCUGGAGCCGGGGAGUGUGGCUGAGGCGGUUGUGAGGCAGGUGCUCAAGGGGGAGAGCGGUCAGGUUAUUUUGCCAAAGAUGGGGAAUAUGCUGCCUUUUCUGGGGGGCUUGCCGGGGUGGUAUGCGGGUCGGUUGAGGGUGAAGGGAGUGGGGAUUAUGAAGCAGUUUAGGGGGAGGAAGGUGGUGGAGGAUGUGGAGAAGUUUUAUGAGGAGAAAGAGAAGAAGGAGGAGAAGGGGGUUGGUGAGAGUACGGUGCUUGUUGAGUAAGGUAGGGGGAAGUGGUUGCUCUGGCGAUGGGGGUGGGUGACGUUGAUAGUAGCGGAGUACCUAAUCUCAGGGGUAAAACUCUUUGUUGACUUGAAACAAGCACGCAGCGGAACUUGUUUUUUUUUUUCUUUUUUUUUUUUCGGAAGCUGCCAGCCUGGUGGUUUCAGGUAUUGAAAGGCAGGAGUGUUUGUCAAGGUUGACUCACAGGACCGAGGGCUUUGUUCGGCAAUAAUCAUGUAGGACAGGAGAAACGUGACCGAGAACAUGGCACGAGGAAAUUUGUGACAGUGUUUUCUUACUUGUGCUACUGAAAAUUUUGACUUGAUAUCCUAAGGCGUUUCAAAGACAGCCUGUGAUUCCCGAGGAUGCC